UGUCUCGGUAUUUAUUGGCUUAAUCUAGUUUUAGCGAGCUUAAAGCGCAUUGUUAUAAAAACUAUUCUGCUGGAUUCAGGGCUCAAUUCUAGCUGCACCCAGUGAAUAUUUAAGAUAAAGAUCCCCUGUGACCAUGGCCAAUAUACGACCGCUGGUGCCGGAGCUGGCCGAGGUGGCUCGAACGCAGCUAAACGAGGUGGAUUCCGAGGUGGUGGUGAAGAUCGAGGCUCUGCGCACCUGGAUCAAUGAGGUAGACUACCUUACGGCACGAACCGACGACCAGUUCCUGGUGGCCUUCCUGCGCUUCUGCCGCUGGGACUUGGAGGAGGCCAAGAAGCGGCUGCUCUUCUACUACACAUACAAGACCAAGGAGCGUGAGCUACUAAAGAGUCGCCUGGUGGACGAUAAGCUGCUCGAACUGACCCGUUCAGGAAUCUUCGCCACAUUACCAAACCCCAUUGGCCCUGGCGGCCCCCGCAUCCAUUUCACACGCAUGGGCCACAUCGAGACUUCCAAGUACAGCGUCAGCGACAUUUUCCGCUUCCAUGCCUUCCGCGCCGAAAUCGAGAUCAACACGGACGACAACUGGAAUAUUGCCGGUGUGGUGGAGAUUCUUGAUUUUACCAAAAUUCCCUACUCCCUGCUGCUGCAGUUCGAUGCCGGCAUGUUCAGGAGGAUGAAUGCCUUUUUGGAGCAUGGCUUACCCACGAAUUUAGUGGCCACCCACAUCGUGAACGCCUCUAGGGAAACGCAGUUUGUCUUGGGUUUGGUGCGGAAUGUGAUGAAACAGAAGGAACUGUUGCACAUUCACCCGAAUCUGGACUCCCUGAAAAAGGCCAUCGGCCAGGAGUAUCUUCCUGCCGAAAUGGGCGGCAAUAAUGGCACACUGCCUGAUGCCAUGUCGCGGUACGAGAACCAGUUAAACAGCUUUGGUGAUUACUUCAAGGAGGACGAGCAAUACGGCGUUGACGAGAAGCUGCGGGAGGCGAGCGAGGCAGCAGCUCCUGUGGCCACCAGCGCGUCCACCCAGGGCACCUUUCGGAAGCUAAACAUUGAUUGAGGCGGGAAGGGGAAGCCGGGAAGUUAGUUGUAUAUUCUGAUGCACAUCCUAUAUAUACGCCCCUCACACACACACACAGCCCUCUAUAUAUAUAUAUAUAUACACUGGAUUGUAUAGACACUACAGCGCUAUAGCGAUCAUUGGUCAUAGCAGAACCUGAUAUUUUAUAAAUGAAACCAUGAGAAAGCAACAUCGAAACUAAAAGCAAAUUGAACAAUAUUAUAAACAAGUGCACACUAAAAACUAAAAACACAAAAAGGAAGAAAAAAAGAAAAUGAAACGCCAUCAAAUGGCACAAAAAACCUCACAUUAUUGUCGAUUAUAAUUUAUUGUUGUCCUUAUCAACGCACAUAUACUAUUUACAUACACGCAUACUUAAACACAUUCUAACGUCCGAUCGUGGGAGGUGUAUAUAGCCCGCACACGAUCUAUCCUAUCCCAUGAUCCCAUAACGCAUUUUCAUGACGAAAUCGUCAACGUCUUCUACUCGCGUGCUAAGUUGUUGUUGGCUUUUAUUUUAUACAUACAUACGGUACUUGAAUAUAUAUAUAUUUUUUCGAUAAUUUUCUUUGUUAGUUUAAGUGUCGUUUCUACUAAUUUUUGAUACUAGUUUACACAUAUACAGGCAUCUAUAUUUAUAGAUAAAUACAUGCAUAGUUAAAUGAAAAUAACUAAAGUUGCAAAUGACAGUGUAUUGUAGAGUCAGAGUCCCAUGUUGAGUGCGUUAAUAAAUUUAAAGCGAAUUUGUUUAAAUGUCGGUACAAGUAAAA